AUGGCCAUCCAAGUCGGACUGGGACUCGCUCAACACAACGGUGGACGGUCGUCUCAUUACCACCGUUCCCCUCCCCUCCCAGCCGUGUGUCAUGAUCCAACCUAUGAUGAGACGGCUUGCGAGGCGCUGCGGGCAGUUUGGGGAGUGCCCAAUCAGCAGAUACCUUAUCCUGCCGAGUUCUUGCAGCCAUGGUUCCUCAAUCAAUCCUGUUCGCCCUUUACAGACCAGGCCCUGCCUUGUGAGCUCGGCAACUAUGCAAGCUACUCGAUCAACGUGACGGACGCCGCCAAUGACAUUGCUGCCGGCAUCGCAGGAGGCUUCAUCCAGGGAGGAGGCCACUCGCAGCUGUCGGGGCUGUACGGGAUGGCAGCUGACCAGAUCCUCGAGAAUGACCUUGUCACGCCCGCGGGGGAGUUCCUGACAGCCACGCCGACCAAUAACACAGGCUUGUACUGGGCCAUUGCAGGCGGUGGUGGUGGAACCUAUGCCGUUGUCACGAGCAUGACAGUCCGCGCCUUUCCAGAGGCCCCAAUUGUCUACGCAUCCUUUUACUUCACCGUCGCGACCGUGGCUGGCGACGUCGACGCCUUCUGGGCUGCCGUGCUGACGUUCCACACCGCACUCGACCUGCUUACAGCCACAGGCUCGAAGAGUAUGUACUUCCACGCCGACUAUUCCAUAUCCAACAACACCCUGUACGUAGUCAGCCUGCUCGCCCCAAACGGCACGACCGAGGCCGGGUUGACAUCCCUUCUCUCGCCCAUGAUGGAGACCCUCGCCGCGCAGAACAACGCUUUGACGCCCGACAACCUGGGCUACACCACCAUCACCGCCGCCAUAUGGUAUGACGAGUUCCAAAGCACCCUUGCGCCGGUACUCGUCAACGCCUCGAUGGUGCCCGUUGUCGGUGCUAGGUUCCUCCCGCGCACUGCUACCUCGCCAGGCUACCUCGACGACAAUGCCACCUCACAGGCGGCGGCCGUCACAUCGGCGCUGCGCACCAUGGCAGCGGAUGGGAGCUUCAUCAUUGGAUGCGCCGCCGUCAAUGCCAACAAAAGAGUAACCUCGGGCAAGGCGACCAUGGACGCCACGGAAUGGGACAUAGUCCUGGCGCUACAGACGCGCAUCGAAAACGUCAUACAGCCCGCACUGGCCGAAGCAAUGCCCACGACGGGCGCGUACCUAAACGAGGCCAACUGGGACACACCCGACUGGCAAAUCACGUUUUACGGGCCCAAGGCGCACUAUGAGAGCUUGUUAGAUAUCAAGAACACCUACGAUCCCGAGGGUCUAUUUUAUGGGCUGACGGCCGUGGGGAGCGAUGCGUGGGAGAAAGAUGAGGAUGGGAGACUCUAUCGUGUUGCGACGACGCCCUGA